AUGAUACGGGUGAAGAAUCUCGGUGACGUGAGGUGGUACUCUGGAUGUUUUUAUGAGAGGGAUUGGGAUGCAGGGACUUUGAAUAUCUCGCAGCAGACGUACGCUAAAGAGUUGGGGAUGGAGUCCAGGGUGGAGUACGGGAAGGAAAUUCCUCUUCCUGUAGGGUUGAAGCUUUCAGAGUUUGACCAGGAUGAGGAAGUGGCCGCAAACAGUAUCAUGGCCUUUCGCGAGCUGAUAGGAUCACUGAUGUGGCUGGCAACGCAAACGAGGCCAGAUAUCGCGAAUGCAGUAAGAGCGGUAGCACGGUAUUGUGCUCCUCCCAAAGAAAUUCAUUGGAGAGCAGGUCCUGGUAUUUUGGGGUAUGUGGUAAUGACUAGUGACUUGGGGAUUACAUUCAGGAGGGUUAGUGUAGCAGGGUUGAGCAUGGAGGUGUUUGCAGAUGCAGACUAUGCAAGCAAGGCUGCCGAAAGGAGGUCUAUGUCAGGAGGCUUGGUGAUGUGUGUUGGGGGGAUGUAUUUCUUGGUUUCAAGGACGCAGAAGUGCGUUACGUUGAGCACGACAGAGGCGGAGUAUGUCUCCCUUGCGGAUGUGAUGAAGGAAGUGUCGUUUCUGAGGCAGGUAUGGCGUUUCAUGUUGCCAGAAGCAGGUAUGCCGUGCAUUCCGGUGUUCGAGGAUAACCAGGGGGCUAUUCAGUUGGCGCAGAACCCGAUUAGCAACAGUAUCUCGAAGCACAUCGACGUAAGGCACCACUAUAUCAGGGAACUGGUAGGCAGGAAGGAGAUUUCGAUUUUUCACGUGGAAUCAGCGUAUCAACAUGCUGGCUUCCUCACGAAGGCACUUCACGUCGGAGAUUUUGAGUUUCAUCGUAAUUUCGUGAUGAGUGUGGGACAGGAACGGUAGAUUUGGAUGUAUUUGUGUUUGAUAGAAAAAACUAGGGUGGCAUUAUUUUACAUUUUUGCCUAUGGUCAUCUCAAUGAAUGGUGCUCUAGGAUGGGGGGGCAGUUGGAUCGCUAUGAUUAUCUAAAAAUACAACGGAAUGAUCGGGGAUGGAAAUAUAUUUCUAGCCCAGAAGGCUAUUGUUGCAGAUUUGAGUUGUGUUUUGGAUUUUUUUCUUGUGUUUUGGAGAUACUGAAAGAUCAUGAAGACAUGUCAUAGCCACAAGCAGGGGGGCUGAUAG